AUUUCGUGCGUUCAUAUGGCAGAACUGUUUCUGUCAUAUGACUUAUUUAGGUUGUGUCCAGGUAGAAAUUCAGUGAAAAUGUUAAAGUUAGCACCGAUAUUUUGUGCCCUUCUGGUCUCCGUAUAUGGAGCUGGAGAAUUUAGUGUUUUAACACAUCCCGGAAGCACCAUCUUCAAGGGUCAUGACCACAUUAAGGAAAGCCUCCUUCCUGAGGUUUACUCUGCUGCUUUGGGUUUCACCACUGAACAGAACUCCAACUGGCAAGGAAUGUUCUUGAAGGAUCCCUUCAACUUGGCAAAGGCUAUUGUAACUGUAGCUGUUGAUGGAGUCACUGAAAUUGGUCAAACUGAAGGACAUCACUUCCCAAUGAAAACUGAUGAAGGUGAAGAAUUCUUAUUUGAAACCAUGUCCCGCAGGAUUCAGGACAGACAUCCUUCAACUCAAAGCCACUUGGUUCGCGUUGACCUCAGCCAAGGGUUAAAAUCUAUCCUCGAAGUUGAUGCAUUCAAGGGCGUUAAGGACGUCGCUGUGGAUAAAGAGAUCAAAUCAGCUUUGAAAUUGUCUGUUGACGAGGAUAGGACUUUCUUGGAAGAAAUGGCUUUCUUCAACGCUUUGAUUGAGAAGAUUGAGAAGGGCAACAUCAAGAAAACCAAUCUUCCCGAUGUGUUCUGGUUCAAAAUAUCCUCCUUGCACGCCAUCUCUGAUCUCCAUGGAGAAAAUUCUACUGAGACCAAAGAAGCCAAGGAAAUCCUUGUCAAUGCUAUUGAAAGGAUGAACGCUGCCUUCAACAAGUUCUAUGAUGGAAAGGUUUUGGUCAAUGUCAUCACCAGCGAUACUAGCCACACCAGGAGGGUUCGUCGUGAAACCGAGGAGAAACCUGACCAAUUCAAGACGUUGAACCUGUCAAAAGAUUAUGACUCCAACUAUCCCGUCAUUUUCAAUAUUAUUCUUUGGUUUGGGGUUAUUAUGGUUUUCACACUUCUUGCGAUUUCUCUGUUUAUCGGCAAUAUGGAUCCUGGUCGUGAUUCCAUCAUUUAUAGAAUGACCAACACCCGCAUGAAGAAGGACAACUAAAUCGAAAUUUAGUUUCCUUUGCGUUUAAACACGUAACACAAAUAAAUACUGUCGUUUUAAUCUAUGUAUGGAUUGAAUUCGUUCCGUCUUUCAGCUUAAAAGAAGAAAAAAAUAUUUUUUUUUUGUUUUAAGUGUUUGUAUAUUAUUUCGCAGCGCACUUCAUUCCAUUAAUUAGCUCUUAAUAAUUAAAAGUAUUGAUAAAUGUAUGUAUAUACGUAGUAGUCCAGUUAAUUAGAAACGAUGUAAUAAUGUAGGUCUAAAUGUCGUCAUGUGAGGAUUGUGAACAUAAAAAUACAAAUUGGAUGUUGAAGAAAAGGA